CGCUCAGCCGGGAAGGCCGUGGCCACUCUGCGGCAGGAGCGCGCGUCCCGGGGCGGCACCGUCCUGGAGACCCCCGAGAGAUGGAAGCUGCGGCGCCGGCGGCGGCCGAGGCGGCUGGGCACGAAGAGCUCGAUAUGGAUAUAAUGAGACCCUUAAUAAAUGAGCAAAACUUUGAUGGGACAUCAGAUGAAGAACAUGAGCAAGAGCUCCUGCCUGUUCAGAAGCGUUACCAGCUUGAUGGUCAAGAGGGUAUUUCAUUUGUACAAACUCUUAUGCAUCUUCUUAAGGGAAAUAUUGGAACUGGUCUUUUAGGACUUCCACUGGCAAUAAAAAAUGCAGGCAUAGUGCUUGGACCAAUCAGCCUUGUGUUUAUAGGAAUUAUUUCUGUUCACUGUAUGCACAUUUUGGUACGUUGCAGUCACUUUCUAUGUCAGAGGUUUAAAAGGUCAACAUUAGGGUAUAGUGACACUGUGAGUUUUGCUAUGGAAGUAAGUCCUUGGAGUUGUCUGCAGAAGCAAGCAGCAUGGGGACGGAGUGUGGUUGAUUUUUUUCUGGUGAUAACACAGCUGGGAUUCUGUAGUGUUUAUAUUGUCUUCUUAGCUGAAAAUAUGAAACAAGUUCAUGAAGGGUUCCUGGAGAGUGAAGUGUUUGUUUUGAAUAGUACCAAUUCAUCAGAUCCAUGUGAGAGAAGAACUAUUGACCUAAGGAUAUAUAUGCUUUGCUUCCUUCCAUUUCUGAUUCUUUUGGUCUUCAUUCGUGAGCUCAAGAAUCUAUUUGUGCUUUCAUUCCUUGCCAACGUUUCCAUGGCUGUGAGUCUUGUGAUAAUUUAUCAGUACAUUGUUAGGAAUAUGCCAGAUCCCCACAACCUUCCAGUAGUGGCUGGCUGGAAAAAAUACCCUCUCUUUUUUGGUACUGCUGUAUUUGCUUUUGAAGGCAUAGGAGUGGUCCUUCCACUGGAAAACCAAAUGAAAGAAUCAAAACGCUUCACCCAAGCAUUGAAUAUUGGCAUGGGAAUUGUUACAACUCUGUAUGUAACAUUAGCUACCUUAGGAUAUAUGUGUUUCCACGAUGAAAUCAAAGGCAGCAUAACUUUAAAUCUUCCCCAGGAUGUGUGGUUAUAUCAAUCAGUGAAAAUUCUCUAUUCCUUCGGCAUCUUUGUGACAUAUUCAAUUCAGUUCUAUGUUCCAGCAGAGAUAAUUAUCCCUGUGAUCACAUCCAAAUUUCAUGCUAAAUGGAAGCAAAUCUGUGAAUUUGCUAUAAGGUCCUUCUUGGUUACUAUUACUUGUGCUGGAGCGAUUCUGAUUCCUCGUUUAGACAUUGUGAUUUCCUUCGUCGGAGCUGUGAGCAGCAGCACAUUGGCCUUGAUCCUGCCGCCUCUGGUUGAAAUUCUUACAUUUUCUAAGGAGCACUACAGUAUAUGGAUGAUCCUGAAAAAUAUUUCUAUCGCGUUCACUGGAGUUGUUGGUUUCUUGUUAGGUGCAUAUGUGACUGUUGAAGAAAUUAUUUAUCCUACUGUCAAAGUUUUCGCUGGCACUCCACAAAGUUCCUCUUUAAAUUUGAAUUCGACAUGCAUUACAUCUGGUUUGAAAUAGUAGAAGCAGAAUUAUGAGCCUCAAGUCUGAAAAUGAUGAAAAUAAGAACAUUGGAACACAUUGCCAUACACUUAAAAACCAUUUUCUUUCGGCACAACAUUGAUAUUUUGGCAAUAAAUUAUAAUUCUUUACCAAUACUGAUAAACUACGACAGAUUUGUGGCUUUACGUAUUAGCAGCAAUUUCAAAAAUUUUAGUUCUGAAAAUUGAAAAAAUUAAAAUGUUAAAAAAAUUAAAGAAUGAAAAUGCUUCUGUUAUUCUUCUCUCAAUCAAAUACUUUAACCAGGAUUCUCUCUUUUACCUCCAUGCUACUCUGUUACCACCGAGUUGAGGAGAGAACAGGAUUUCAACAAUAAGAGAAUAAAAGAAGUAUAGGUGACUAAAAUCUGACCAUCCCAAUGAAUUUUAAAGUAUACUUUGUAUAUAAUGUAGAAAUAUCUCGAUUAUGUUUUUAUUAGAGAGCCAAAUACUUAUGUUUUCCCCGUGGAAGUUUAGAAAACUCUCAUUAGCCAUAAUGUAAGAAUCAGAAAAUCCCCCAAACCAGAAUUAUUUUUACACUAUUCUUUAAUGGUAGCUUACCUUCAUAUUGAAAACCAAAAGGCACUGUGCAAGAUUCUGACUUAGUGUUUCAACCAAAUUUGAGAGACUUUAAAAGUUAUCCAAUACAUAUUCCCUUGUUUUUUUUACCUGAGGAAAUGAAUAGCCAGGAUGGUUAAGUAACUUGAUCAAGACCACUCAGCCUUGAGAUGAAGAGAACCUGAUCUUUUGAUUCCCAGUCCAGGAUUUUUUAUCUUUCACUUCACAUCCUACAAAAAGAAUCAAUUAUGUUGUUUAACCUUAAUAUUAAGUCUGUUUAAUUAUAUUUCAGUAUUUUGUAAGUCAUGAUCUUUGACAAGUAUAUGUGACCUGAGCAGAAAGUCAGGGAACUCUCAAAAGCCUGCACUAUGGCCGUGUAAGCCUCAACAUGGGAAAGAAGCAAUGCUUUUAAAACAGAAUAGAAAUGCCUUGCUGGUUUAACUGCUGGAUGGUAGAAGGUGCCCAGCCGUCCUGUGUGUGGAUUCAGCUCUCCUUAUUGUUUCUUUCUUUCUAGGUUUGUAGGCACUAUCUUUCCUAAUGGCAAGAAAUAGAGAUCUGACACAAUACAGGACUUGUGUACUCUUUUCGGCCUCAUGGCUUUCCUUAUCAUAGCCUUCCGUUGAUCUGAAUGGGCAGAAUAAGAGAAAGAUUCAGGCCUAGGAAAAAACCGAGACAGUAAUAAACUCUGCUAGAUACUGAGACACUCCAGGCUUCUUCCAGAGAAAUACCUUUUAUUCCUCCAUAUUCUUCAAGCCCAGUUAUUAACCAAAACAGAGAAUCUCAGUGGGCAUGGAAUAUGAAAAUGGUUAAGUUUAAAACUAAGAAUCUUGAUAUUUUUUUUUAAAUUCAUACUUUAAAACUCAUCGAACUUUUUAGUCAGGUUGGUGAUACUCUAAUUUGUAAUACUGUAAGAUAUCACCAAGAUCACAGUAGUGUAUAUAUUCUAUAUUUUUAUAUGUAAAUGUUAGCUCAAGUAUUUUUUUGCUUACAUCAUUGAGUCAUCAAGUAUAAUCCAAAGAUAUAUCAGAAGCUUUAUUUUGGUACAGAUUCUUAAGAAUCAAAACUUUUUAAAAAACAUUUGCAUUGAGAAUCACCAAUAAUUGUGACACUUUUAUGUCAAAUCUGUUAUGUUGAACCUUUAGUCACGGGAGAAUGUGGAAGAAGUUAUAGGCAAAGUAAUUGUCAUUGAAACUAAUGUUAUAUAAUCUUGAAUCUAAGAGUAAAUUAGGUGUUUUUUAAUGUAUAACUUGGUAUAAUAUGACUUGAAGACUAUUAUUUAAUAGAAAGCACUAUUAGGUUUUUGUCAGCUGUCUUCAGAUAGUAUUUCUAGUCUAUGUGUGAUAUUUUAUUUUUAUACUUUCGCCUUUGUUUAUUUUCCUUACGGAAUUUAUCACAUUUAAUGAAAUUUCAAAUAGCUGAUAAUAGUAAUAUAUAAAUUUUAAAUUCAAUGAACAAAUGUUGAGUACAUUAUCAACCAGGCUUCCUUAAGCAAUGAGUGCUGACUUGACAUACAGUACUCAAUUCACUAAACUAUCAGUACUUUAAAUACAAGAGAAAAGUUGAAAUGCAGAAAGGAAGAGGGGCUAAGAAGGGAGAGAGCAGUUUUAAUUCUUAACAAGAAAUACUAUUUAGAUGUAUAAAUGCACUCUUACUUAAGGAUUUUUAAUGAUGUGUUUUAUUUGCAAAAAAUCAAGCAGUAUUUUUCCUCUGAAAAUUUAGUUUUAAAGAGUCAUAACAUUUGGAGAAGAUAUUUUGAUUAAACCAGCUGUUGAUUUUACUUUGGGACCUGGAAAAAUGAGAGUGAUUGCACCUGUCAAAUUUUGUAUCCGGUAUCUUUGGUCCAUUACAUUAUUGCUUAAAUGACUUCAGCAUUUCAUCUGCCACCACAGUAAAUCACCCUCUUCUCUGAAAGCUAAUCAGGUGCCUACGAGCCUUUUCUACUAGUGGAGUGGGGGGGGGGGAGGAAAGCUUUAUUCACCUCUGAUGACCUCUGAGCUAAGUCAGUCAUCACUGUUCCCUUACAGCCAAAAGGGUUUCACCAGUUUCAGAGUCAACUUGUCAAAACAGUGGCUUUCAGACCUUUUUUAUUUUUUAUCAGAGUAUUUUCUUGUCCCGCCAUGGCCAGAUUUCUCCACAACUGAAGUAAGACCUAGUUUUUUCUUAGUUAAAGACAAAUUUGUAUGGUGUUACCAAAUGAAAAAAAGCACUGUGUUAGCAAGUGCUACAUUAUGUUUUAAUUCUGUCCUCUCUGGAUUCUCCUCUAUUGAAACAAUUUCUGCCUUUUGCCUAUGUAAUGCAAUUAACAUUUUUGUAAGCAUUUUAUGCAACGUGCAUGUUGUAAAUGUCCUAACGUGGGGUGAUUUCAUUCACUGUUUUCAUAGUAGUUACAGAAAAGCUCUCUAACUGUAAAGUACUAUACAAAUAUUAAUUGGGAUAUUAAUUGACAUCCUACAUUAGUGCCAUGUCCAGCUGUGGACAUGCUUACUGUAGCUUCCCCGUGGCAUCUUCUGGGACUGACAUGCCAGAGAUGGCAGUACAGCAGCUUAGUACUGCAUUUGUUUACUGAAAGUAUGUACCCACUCCUUUCUUCAUUUGAAAGGGAGAGGAUACAUAAUAGAGCUAAUGGAAAUAACAAAUAAAAUUAUGUAAGUGAUACCAGUGGCUCAAUGAAUAUGUUCUGUUGAGAAAAUAAUUUGGUAAAAAUAUAGACCAUUGAUACUAUAAAAUGAGUUUUUUAAAAAUGAGUCUUUUAAUCUUUUUGGCUCAAUUAGCUCCCCUUCAUAAGAAAAUUUGAGAGACUUUGUUCUAAAAAUCAUAACAAGAUACUUCUUAAUACUAAAUGGCUGACUGUAAUAGUUAACACUUUGGCAGUAUGAUUAACCAUAAUUAAUCUUACUUAUGCCACUAGUGCUCACUAGGCUAAACACCUUUCUGAAAGUGGUUGGUUUUGACCUAGGGGAUAAGAAAACAUGCUUUAGAAAUGCUGUUUAUUGCCCUAUGAUAAAAUGAAGUGACAAAUCACUCUCAUUCUUAAAAUUUUAUAUCAAGGUUACCUAGUUCUUAUGUAUACACAUACACACACUCCAGUAGUCUGUGGAGUUAGAUACUAAUUUGCCAUUUAAAUUGGAUCCAGGAAGGUGAUGUGUUGAAAGAUUACUCUGAAGAUUAUUCCAUUAGUUUUCUUCAUGAGAAAUAGGAAAAUAUGUGUUUAUACCGUGAAUAAAUUAAGCUAUGGAUUUUGGUUUUUCAAAAUGAUGUUUGUUUGAAUGAAAACUAAAUAUCAGUGCACUUGAGUUAAUUCUUUCUCUUUUAACUUAUUUUUCUUUAUAAUAUGAAAAAAUGUCUUAAAGUACUGUAACUUCUGAAUUUUCAAUAAAAUAUUAUUUUGCUUGCAAA